AUGGCGAACGUGAACACAGGUGAACUGUUGGACUUUCAGGACUAUUCUCCUGAGCAUAAUAAUCGAAGUGCCCGUAUUGACGUGGAAGCAGUACACACAAAUCAAUACAACAACACUAUGUCAAAUCCAAACUAUAGUUUUGAUGAACCCAAGCCGAUUGAAGAACCGGAGGCUGCUCCUCAAACAAACCACAACUUCUGGACUAUAGAAUACUAUCAGAAAUAUUUUGAUGUACACACAAAUGAAGUGGUUGAGCGGAUUAUAUCUUCUGUACUACCACAAAAGGUUUCUCGCAACUACUUCGAUGAAAGGAUCAAGGGAAAACCAGAUCUGUAUGGACCUAUUUGGAUUUCUGUCACCCUGAUAUUCACAAUAGCAGUAAGUGGUAACAUAGCUAGUUACUUGCACAAUGCCAAUAAGAAAGGAUUUGUAUGGCGCUAUGACUUCCACCUGGUGUCUAUUGCUGCGACAGCCAUCACCUGCUAUGUGUGGAUUGUACCACUCGCUCUCUGGGCUGCGUUGAAAUGGACCACCACUACUGAUGGACAUGAUGAAAUAGAGAAUCAGGAUGCAAAGUCACCGACAAUGAUGUCAUUGUUCUGCUUAUACGGAUACUCACUCUCCAUUUACAUACCCGUGGCAGUACUAUGGACAAUCCAAGUGUUUUGGCUGCAAUGGCUGUUCGUUCUGAUGGCAGCUUUUGUCUCCGGAGCCGUCCUCAUAUUCUGGCUAAUGCCAGCACUAAGAAAAUCUCGAUAUUUCCUAAUUCUAAUUGGGUCUAUUCUCGCUUUUCAUUUCCUUUUAGCAGCUGGUUUUAUGUUGUACUUCUUCCAUCAACCUAACACGGCUGAUGAUACUAUUGUUACGACUGUGAAGCCCUAA